AAGCAAUUAAUCCUCAAAAAAGGAGCCUAUAAAACAAGCAAAAUUAGCUUUUAAUUUGUGCUUUCCCAAGCCAUAAAAAACCCUAAAUUUAUCUGUAAACCACUAAUUUCUUUUUUCAUGCCUUUUAGCUGAACUAGCUGUAACUUUAACUAACCUAGCAAUAGCUAAAUCUCUAAUGUUACUGUUUAAUGAAUCCUGGAACCUGUGGAUUAAAAGUACAAAUUAUAGGCCAGACAGUGAACACUCAUUUUUGUUUUUCAUUUGUUGAAAUUAGAUCACUUCCUAAAUAGACUAUUCAACAAAGUUUAAUAUGCAACAUUACAGCCAUAUACUUUUUAAGUAACCUUAAUAGCUAAUUGCAGUCACAGGUGUGUCUUUAUCAGGUUACAUUUAUAGCUGGGGCUUUUACCAUGAGGAUACAAUCCAAAAGAAGUUGCACCAAAAGUAAUUUACAAAGAGACACACCCAUUUCCAUUCAAAUGUUUUGGUGGGGGGUGCAUGGUGUGAUGGUUUAUUUAGGUUAUACAAUGAAAAUUAUCUAUCUAUCUAUCUUCACACACUAUCUAUCGUCACAAACACUGGGCUGUUCUCUCGGGAACAUUUAGGCUACUAAAUGCGCACCACAGUCCACGCUCAUUGUCCAGCGCUUCAUUUGAACGAACUGGUCCAGCAAGUUAUUUGUGGGCUGGUGUCACAGAGCCCCAUAGAUCUGCCAGCGUACCUGCUGCACGGACACUGCGUCUUAGGAAGCAGUCCGAGGUGUUGGCUUCUUUUUUUUUCACUUCCAGUGAAAGUACUCGGACGCGGCCAUGAGGUCCUUCGCCGCGUUUCUGACCUUUCUCUGCUUUGUCGGAUUUACUGGAUGUAAACCUUCGUCGCCCUGUCCGAGUGGACAGUUUCUGCUGAAGAAUCAGUGUGUCCUCUGUCAUCCCACCUGCUCUGAGUGCGACGGGCAUGAGCUGUUUGAAUGCACUACCUGUGGAGUUGAUGAAGAUGGACAGGAACGGUUCCUCCACCAAGGUCGCUGUAGGACACACUGCGCCCGGGGACUGUAUCCUGACAGAGGUCAUUAUGCCUGUCUGCCCUGCAUAGCCAAUUGUGAACUCUGCACAGACGGCAACAUAUGUGCCAAAUGUCAGGAACACUACAAACUCCAGAAUGGGGUCUGCCAAACGGCAUCCUGUGACAUAGGCCAGGUGCAGGACCCUGAUACAGGAGAGUGCAUUGACUGUGAGAUGGGCUGCAAAACAUGUUCCGCGGACCCUGAUAUCUGCAACAGCUGCGCUGAAGGUUACUUGCUGUGAGUUUUUUUGUCGUUU